AUGGCGAAUAUUAACUUACUGCCAUGGCGUGAAUGGGAGCGCGAGCGCAAACAGAAAGAGUUUCUGACUCAGCUGGGUGCGGUGCUGCUGGUAGGCGUAUUGUUGGUGUUUGGUGCAGGGAUGUACCUGGACAAUGAGAUUGAGGGCCAACAGGGCCGCAACACAUUCUUAACCGGAAAGAUCAAAGUUCUGGAUGAGAAAAUCGCCGAGAUACAGAUGUUGCGUAAGCAGCGUGAAGAUCUGCUGGCGCGAAUGCGUGUUAUCAAUGAACUGCAGGGUAACCGGCCGGUUAUUGUGCGCGUCUUUGAUGAGGUCGUGCAGACGCUGGCUAAAGGCGUGCAUUACAAGAAGUUGGAGUAUGAAGGCAACAUGCUGUCAGUCUCGGGUGUCGCUGAAUCUAACAAUAGGAUUUCAGCAUUGAUGCGGAACCUUGAUGGAUCAGACUGGUUUACCCAGCCGAAUCUCAAGAGCAUUAAAGAAGAUCCAACAAAUUCGGACUAUGGUGAGCAGGAUACCCUCAAACAGAUUCAAUCUGUCGAUUUCAGCGAUCUUGAUAUAAACAAUAUCGGUUCGUGGCCCGGCGUUGUAAAAGCCAUCUUUAUGGCUAUCUUGUUUGCUCUGGUGUUAGGUGUCGGUUACUACUGGCAUGUGACCGAUAAGCAGAAAAACCUCGAAGUCGAGCAGGCUAAAGAGGUUGAUCUACGCGCAGAGUAUGAAGAUAAGGCUGGGCUUGCCGCCAACCUGGACGCGCUGCGCAUACAGAAGCGCGAGAUGGAAGAUGCCUUUGGUGCGUUGUUGCGGCAAUUGCCCAGUGACACGGAAGUGCCCGGAUUGCUGGAAGACAUCACACGCACAGCAAUCGACAAUGAGUUAACCAUCGAAAGUAUCGAUCUGGAACCCGAAAAUCGAACCGAAUUUUAUAUCGAACUGCCCAUCAGCAUCGUUGUUGAAGGGGAUUACCACAAGCUUGGUUCAUUUGUCAGUGGCGUUGCGAACCUGUCACGGAUUGUGACCCUGCACGACUUCCAGAUUAACCCGAUACGAGACAAUCUGGGUUUGCGUAUGGAAAUCACCGCGAAGACGUAUCGUUAUCUAGAGGAGGUUGACCGCCAGGAUGGGCCAAAGGUCACGCCUGACUUCAACCGGGUUAAACAGUUUCUUGAGCAGUUCACCAUUGGCCGUCUGGCGAUGGUGGGUACUUUGGCUCAAGGUCCUGUUACCUACGCGCUGAUUCAAGACGGUAAUGGCGGCGUGCAUCGGGUACAGCCUGGUGAUUUUAUGGGUACCGAUCACGGACGCAUUCUGGCGGUGAACGAUACGGGCAUUGAAUUGAUAGAAAUUGUUCCUGACGGGACCGGUGGUUGGGUAGAGCGAGAGCGAACCGUUUCGCUGGCGGCUGGAGCAUAA